GUUCCCAUUGUACGUUUUUUCGUCCGGGAAUGAUGUUCCCAUUGUACGCUUUUUCCUCUAAUCUCUCUAAAAUACCCCUCUCAUAUAAUAUCCUCACAUUCACUCUUCCAAUCUACCCAACCUCCCCACCUCCCCAAUUAAACCCUCUCGCCCCAUCUUUAGAUCUAAUCUACCCUCUCUCUCUCUCUCUCUGACAGUUCUUCUUCUCUCCCAAUCCCUAGAUUACGAUCCUUUCUCUCCAAGAUCUAUACAUCUCCGCCUGAAUUCAUGGAAUCUCAUUACUUUCUUUACGAUUCCAUCAUCCCUGAGACGGAAUUUCAGGACAUUGGAGUUGAGGACGAGGUGAUUCACCUAUCAUCCACCUCUGACGUGAAGGAGGAGGACGAGGUCAUCGUCAUCCACAGCGAUGACGAUGAUGUUGAUGUUGCUCCGGUCAGAGACAAAAACGUGAUUAUCGUCCUUGAAUCUGAGGAAGAUUCUCUUAUUGGGAGCAAGGAAAAUGGCAGUUUUGAGGAUGUAGAGGGCGAGAUCACUUCCCAAAAUACCUCCUCCAAACCUCCUCACCUUGCUUUCACAACAAUCUCAAACGUGAAACUUCACGUCCCCGUUCAACUCAUUCUCUCCCAACCUAAUUACAAAAAGUGGAGCCGACUCUUCCUCCUUCUGGUUCGGCGAUUCAACCUCAAGGGCUACAUCGAUGGCUCCGUCGUCCCCCUCUCCGAUGACGACGACGAAUGGUUCCAACUUGACGCUCUCCUCCAGGGUUGGAUCCUCUCCAUCAUCACCGAUGAGGUCUCAGAUCUGGUCAUCUCCUCUGUCUCCACUGCCUCUGCUCUCUGGAAAGUCAUCCACGACUUGUUCCACGACAACAAACAUGCUCGAGCUAUGCAAUUGGAACAUGAAUUUCGCACAACAGUCAAGGGCAACUCCACUAUGGCAGCCUAUUGCCAACAACUGCAGAAUCUUGCUGACUGGCUGGAUGAUGUUGAUGCACCAGUCUCCCAACACCAACUCGUCCUUCAAAUGCUUCGUGGUCUCCCUGCCGAUCUCCAGGGACAAACAUCAUUCCUGCAAUUUCAGGAUCCCAUGCCCACGUUUCUGCAGAAAGAAGAAGAAGAGUGCAGGGGUGGCUGACAAAGAAAAGGGUCAUGCUAGAGUGUACCCCAUUUGUACAUCACUCCUUCAAUAACCACUCAUUUAUUUUUUAAUUUUAUUUACUUAUUUUUUUUAAUUUUCUUGCCUAAUUGAGUGGUAACGGAGGGGGUGGGGGACAAAUGUGUUAUACCUUUGGUUUACCCAUAGCAUUUUCCAAAAAAAAGUAGAAGGGUGGGG